AUGCCGAUCCGCAACCCCUUUGCCCGCCGCCCCGGCGUCCUGGUCCAGACGGACGAAAACGUGCGCCCGGCCGAGGACCCGUCCCACCCGGGCUUCGAGCGCGUCGACACGGUCGGCUCCAAAACCUCGUCCGCCCUCAGCAUCACCAGCAGCAGGAGAAGCGACGACAAUGGCGAAUACAAGAUGAGCGUGGUCAACGACAGUGGCGUCUAUCUUCCCCCCUCGCCCGUCGAAAAGGGUGAGCCAUCCUGGCCCAAGAAGUACCUGUCGCGCAACUCGGAGGACAACCGAAACAGCCUCAGCGCCGACAGGGAACACUUUACCAUCUCGAGAGAGUCCUUUGAUUCGUACCGCCGCUCAUUCGACAUUUCGGCGAGGUCGCCCGUGGCGAACAAUGACACACCGCCGACGCGGCAGAGCCUCGACUCGGCGCGCUUCCCCCGCCCCCGCGUGUCCAUGAGCGAGCGCCGGCUCGAGCCGCCCACGGCCGAGGACCCGUUCGAGGACGUCGGGCUCGACGACGACCGCCACAAGCAGCAGCACACGAAGCGCAGGGGCUUCUUCUCCAAGUUCGGCUCCGCCGACCACUCGGACGCCGGCGCCGGCCAGCAGCAGCCGCUGUCGGCCGGCCACUCCCCCUCGGCCCCCAUGGUCUCGCGCUUCCUGCCGGGCCGGAAGCGCGCCCAGAGCGGCAGUCAGGAGCUGAGCCCCAUGGAGCGCCCCGUCGCCGCUGUCUCGUCCGAGGUCCCGGUCGAGACGCAGUAG